AUAAACAUUUAACAUACUUUUCAUAGCGAUUACUUAGUAUUUGAAAAUGGUGUUCUCUUCUUCUUCUUCUUCUUCUUCAGUUCUACUGAAGUAUGCACUUGUUAUGUUUUUUAUGGGAGUUGUUUCGGCUCAACUUUCAACUAACUUUUACUCGAGCUCUUGCCCAAAACUUCUCCCGACUGUAAGAUCAGCCGUGCAAUCGGCUAUUUCAAAAGAAACUCGGAUGGGAGCUUCUCUCCUUCGGUUGCACUUCCAUGAUUGCUUUGUCAAUGGAUGUGACGGUUCGAUCCUUCUUGAUGAUACAUCCUCCUUCACCGGUGAAAAGCGUGCAGCUCCUAACUUUAGAUCCGCUAGAGGGUUUGAAGUGGUGGACAAUAUAAAGUCGGCUGUCGAAAGUGUAUGCCCUGGUGUGGUCUCGUGUGCUGAUAUACUCGCUAUUAGCGCUAGAGACUCCGUUCAUAUUCUUGGUGGACCUACUUGGGGUGUUAAAUUGGGAAGGCGCGACUCAAGGACCGCAAGCCAGGCUGCAGCCAACAACAGCAUUCCUCCACCCACAUCGAGCCUCAGUGCACUCAUCUCUUCUUUUAGGGCCGUUGGUCUUUCGGCUAAGGACAUGGUGGCUCUAUCAGGUUCCCACACAAUCGGGCAGGCACGGUGCACCAACUUCCGAGCCCGAAUCUACAACGAAACCAACAAUUUGGAUGCUUCUUUCGCUACACAAAGGCGGUCCAACUGCCCGAGAGCCACGGGCUCUGGUGACAACAAUUUGGCACCACUUGAUGUCCAGUCUCCAAACGCUUUCAACAAUGACUAUUACAAGAACUUGAUCAACCAAAAGGGGUUGCUCCACUCUGAUCAACAACUGUUCAAUGGCGGUUCGGCUGAUUCAACCGUCAGACAAUAUAGCAGCAACCCCGGUCAAUUCAGUGCCGAUUUUGCCGCAGCCAUGAUCAAGAUGGGUGAUAACAAGCCACUAACUGGAUCCAGUGGAGAGAUCAGGAAGAAUUGCAGGAGGCCCAAUUAAGAGUAUCAAUCAAGUUUAGUGUUUGUGUUUUUUUUAAUUGUUUUUUUCUAAGAUUUGAGCAAAUGGUGUGGAUUGAAUGUUGAAGUGUUUCUAGUGUUGGUUUUUGAUCAUUGUACUUUUGUUUUAUUUUGUCUAGAUUUCCAAAUGUAUGUUUUUUCCCUUAUUUAAAAGUACCAUGUAAUACUAUUUUGAACUUUUUUGUGAAAUUUGUUACAUUGUAACAUUUUCUCUUUGGGUA